ACCCAGGUCUUAGCGGGAAGCAGGGAGGGCUGUGACCAGGACAGCUCUGUGGCACUCCGCUUUUCUGUCACUCAGCCCCGGAGGCUCCCUCUGCCUGAGGGCUCAGCCCCCUGCUGCCUGGCCCUGACCUACAGGAUAACACAGAUAAGGCUCAGGGAACAAGAGCAAAAGGCAGGGCCGCCCAGAAGCCCAUCCACCAAUCCUCACUUCUCACCCCUGUGUCCGGCCCAAGGGGAAAUGUUCCAGGCUCUGGCCAAGGCCAGUGCAGCCCUGGGUCCCAGAGCAGCAGGUUGGGUGAGGACUAUGGCCUCGCACCAGCUGCUGGUGGCACCCCCCAAGGCCCUGCUCAAGCCCCUCUCCAUCCCCACCCGGCUCCUGCUGGGGCCCGGCCCCUCCAGCCUGCCUCCUCGCACCAUGGCGGCUGGGGGGCUGCAGAUGAUCGGGCACAUGCACAGGGAGAUGUACCAGAUCAUGGACGAGAUCAAGGAAGGCAUCCAGUACGUGUUCCAGACCAGGAACCCGCUCACACUGGCCAUCAGUGGCUCGGGACACUGUGCCCUGGAGGCUGCCCUGAUCAACGUGCUGGAGCCGGGCGACUCUUUCCUGGUUGGGGUCAAUGGCAUCUGGGGGCAGCGAGCCGCAGACAUCGGGGAGCGCCUCGGAGCCCGAGUGCACCCGAUGACCAAGGACCCUGGAAGCCACUACACACUGCAGGAGGUGGAGGAGGGCCUGGCCCAGCACAAGCCAGUGCUACUGUUCUUGACCCACGGAGAGUCGUCAAGCGGCGUGCUGCAGCCCCUUGACGGCUUUGGGGAGCUCUGUCACAGGUACAAGUGCCUGCUCCUGGUGGACUCGGUGGCAUCCCUGGGUGGGACCCCUCUGUACAUGGACCAGCAAGGCAUCGACAUUUUGUACUCGGGCUCCCAGAAGGUCCUGAACGCCCCUCCAGGGACCUCGCUCCUCUCCUUCAAUGACACUGCCAAGAACAAGAUCUACUCCCGCAAGACAAAGCCCCCCUCCUUCUACCUGGACAUCAAGUGCCUGGCCAACUUCUGGGGCUGUGACGGCCAGCCCAGGAUGUACCAUCACACGACCCCCGUCAUCAGCCUGUACAGCCUGAGAGAGGGCCUGGCCCUCCUUGCAGAGCAGGGCCUGGAGAACAGCUGGCGCCAGCACCGCGAGGCCGCGGCGUACUUGCACGGGCGCCUGCAGGCGCUGGGGCUGCGGCUCUUCGUGAAGGACCCGGUGCUGCGGCUGCCCACGGUCACCACUGUGGCUGUGCCCGCCGGCUAUGACUGGAGGGACAUCGUCAGCUACCUCAUAGACCGCUUCAGCAUCGAGAUCACGGGGGGCCUCGGGCCCUCCACGGGGAAGGUGCUGCGGAUCGGGCUCAUGGGCUGCAAUGCCACUCGCAAGAAUGUGGACCUCGUGACAGAGGCCCUGAGGGAGGCCCUGCAGCACUGCCCCAAAAAGAAGCUGUGACCUGCCUGCUGGCCCUCACCUGGGCCCCGCCCCCCAAGGGGUCAGGAUGAUCAGGAGCAAACAGACUCUGGCAGGGUCCCCCAAGCCUAGGGGCAGGAAAGCCACUGACCUGAAAGGCAGAACCAGGCAGCCUCCCGGCCCCAGCCAGCCCUUCUCCCUCCAGUGGGCCCUCCUGGAAACAGCCCACUUGGGCGCAGGACCCAGCGCCUUCCAAAUGAGCCGCAGCUCCCAGGCCGUGAGCCCUCCAGGAAUGCUAAUAAACAGCCUGGCCCCUCUCCUCACCAUGUGGGUGGUCGGUGAAAGGGUCUG